AUGAGAAGCCUUGUAUUGGAAACGUACGAGCAAGCUGAUCCAAAAGAUCAUUUGCUUCAUUUCAAUGUGAAGAUGGCGAUGAGCGCAGCUUCUGACGCGGUAAAGUGCAGGAUGCUUCCAUCUACAUUUCAGGGUGCGGAAAUGGCUUGGUUUGUGACCCUGCCUCAGGGAUCCAUAGCGAAGUUCCGCGACUUCUCGUCAAAAUUCCUCGUCCAGUUCUCUGCAAGCAAGAUCGAAGAUCUGUUCGAUAUUCGACAGAGGGAGCGAGAAACCUUGAAGCAAUACGUGAAGCGGUAUAGUGCUGCGUCCGCGAAAUUCGAGGAGUCGGAACCUCGGACAUGCGUGCGCGCUUUCAAAAGUGGAUUUUCGCCGGGGAAGCUAAACUGCAAGCUGAGUAGGAAACCAGCGCGCUCGGUGACAGAGGUUCGCGCCCGGGCGAGUGCCUACAUCCUAGAAGAGGAGGACGACACAUUCACGAGGAAACGUGUAAAGGCAGAAAAGGUACACAGCCGAAGGGAUGCAUCGCUGGCGAGAAAACGGAUACAGGGGAAGGAAACAGAUAAUAGACGAAGGGUUAAGGAGGUCGAGCAUUUUGCUGAAAAAUUUGAAGGAAAGCAACUCUGUUCGAGAAAAGAGAACAUUGAGCGUCAGCGCCCGCGGCGGAUAACCAGCCCUCGCUGGCGAGGAAAGCCGGAGAGGUGCUCGAAUGAGGAAUUGGCAAAGUUGCUCCAGUUAGUAGAGGUGACACCAGCAGCUGAGAACGGCGAAAACGAAAUUGAUUCACGGCAAGAGGAGGAAGGACAAGCAAAGUGGUGCGAAUAUCAUCAUUUGAAAGGCCAUGACACCAGUGACUAUUUCGUGUUGAAGGGCGAAGUCGAAAGGCUGAUCAGGGUGAGGCGACCACGAGCUACAGAUCGCGAAUCAGACAGGGACCAACAGAAUAGCCGUUGGCGAGCGCCAGUAGCAGGUAAGAGGGAGAUGAAUGCGGCGGGAAAGAAAGAAGUUGAAGAAGCUUUCAACGACGAUGUUAGGACAUCAAUUGAAACGAUCAACACAAUCGCAGAAGGCUUCGGCGGAGGCGACAACACGUCGACGGCGAGCCGGAAGCGUCCGCAGGCAGUAGCAUCGGUACAGGAGUAUCCAGCUCAAUUUGGUCGCCAACACCCAGAUACAGUGAUAUCGUCGACAGAUUUUGAGGGGAUUGAGACGCACAGAGAGGAUCCGGUGGUAGUGAUGGUAAGAAUCAAUGGCUUUAAUGUACAAAGGGUGCUUUUGGACCAGGGCAGCUCUGCGGAUAUCAUUUACGGAGAUGAAUUUGAACAGUUGGGGUUGACGGACAAGGAUUUGAUGUCGUACACAGGGAGCCUGGUAGGUUUUGCAGGGGAGCAGGUCUGGGUGCGCGGCUACCUGAAUUUGGAUACGAUUUUUGGUGUUGAUGAAAACGCCAAGCUUCUGCGUGUAAGGUAUUUGGUAUUGCAGGUCGUGGCAUGA